CAAUACAUUCCUUAUACUGUGUAGCAAAUCAUUUCCACACUGGUUUACCCCGAACACAUUUGGAUCUUCAUGUGGACCCAGGACCUCAGUAGCUCUAACCAGAUGAGCAAGUGGCGCGUGAGCUAAUCAAACCUCUCGGCGAUCGUUUAGUCAGGUCUUCUUCCGUCAGGUCACAGGUCAGUCUGCGCGCCUCACGCCCGCCGUGUUGAGAACAGAACAAGGAGCAGUUCCGUGACGAAAACACAAACGAGUGAAACGUCGGCCACUGUCCGCGGCGCUUGUGUCGAGCGGCACGUGAAAGCUACGAAAGAACAGCGGGCCCCGCGGUUCCUCGUCGACGAGCUCGCAGGUUGUUGUCAGCUAGCGUCGGCUAGCCCGGCUAGCUUCGUUAGCCACUUGAGCUAGCCGAUGAAGAAGCCCCGUAAGUAAGGAGCCGAACUCCGAGCUAGAAAAACGGACGUUUCUGCAAACGCGGCGUGGUGAGCCAACGCACGCAGCCAUGCAGGACCUCCUGGCCAGCGCGGAUCACAUCAAGUUCGACCUGGAGAUCGCCGUGGAGCAGCAGCUGGGAGCGCAGCCGCUGCCCUUCCCCGGCAUGGACAAGUCCGGCUCCGCAGUGUGUGAGUUCUUCAUGAGAGCAGCGUGUAUUAAAGGUGGGAUGUGUCCGUUCCGUCACAUCAGUGGAGAGAAAACAGUGGUGUGUAAACACUGGCUCAGAGGACUGUGCAAGAAGGGAGACCAGUGCGAGUUUCUCCAUGAAUACGACAUGACCAAGAUGCCGGAGUGCUACUUCUACUCCAAGUUUGGUGAGUGCAGCAACAAGGAAUGUCCAUUCCUGCACAUUGACCCAGAGUCCAAGAUCAAAGACUGUCCCUGGUAUGACAGAGGCUUCUGUAAACACGGUCCGGACUGUAGACACAGGCACACAAGAAGGGUGAUCUGUAUGAACUACCUCGUGGGCUUCUGUCCAGAGGGGAAAUCCUGUAAAUUUAUGCACCCUCGUUUUGAACUGCCGAUGGGAGCCUCUGAACAGCCUCCUCUACAACAACAAGCCCAGAACCAAAUAAAGCCCGUGCCUACCAUCGGCCGCUCGUCGCUCUCCCUAAUCCAGUUGACCAACUCCAGUCCAGGCCAGCGGCCGCACAACCACACGCCGAUGGGCGUUGUUCAGCAAAACCAUAUGCCGAGCAACAGAGGGCCUCGUCCACUGGACCAGGUCACCUGCUACAAGUGUGGAGAGAAGGGCCACUAUGCCAACAAAUGCACUAAAGGCCACCUCGCCUUCCUUAGUGGACAGUAACCUUCAGCCUCGAGGUCCAAACACCACAGUGCUGCAGCUCACUCCCCAGACGCGAGGAGACGAGGCGAAGCCCCUGUGCUCCACUGGCUGAAAUUGAACUUGGGGCUUUUUUGCCUUUUACAAAACUGGACACAUGAAAAAAGACACUGAGGUCACGUCCAGGUGGCUGAAUGGCUCGACUCUGAAGAAGUAGCCAUUUAAUGGACGUCACACCCAGGGCGCAGCAGGUUUCUCCAGAGCUGCAACGCUGUUGACAUGUUGCCGUCUGAUAAUGGUUUCCUCGGGUCACACGACCGACUCCUUGAUAGACCAGUGCUUCAAGCCUGCUCACUACUAAAACUAUCCUCAACGUUAUAUAAAAAACAAAACAAAAAAAAAAUGUGAUAAAUACCAGCAGCAAUGUCAAUUUGUAUUUUUUGUACUCCAAACCACCGGGAUCAAAUCGGAUCCCAAAUCCAUCAUGCAUCGGUAACUGAAAUCAGUUUUUUCCACACGUCAAGUCAAAUUUUACUUUCCAACUGUAAUUAUGUAUUUGUCUUUUUGCAAACAUGUAGAUUAUUUUCUGUUAGAUCUGAACACAUUCAAGCAACUGUGUGGGAUAAGGAACUCAUCUCAAAUUGUAGUGAGGGAUAAAGUUCAAUUAAUGAGGAAUAAAGUUCAAUAGUUUUGACAGUCA